AUGACGUCGGGUCCGGGAGCAGCUACAGGCUCUCAUUCCUUCACCGGAUCGCCAGGCUCCCCUGCCUCCACCGGUUCAUCAGGCUCUCAUGCCUUCACUGGAUCGCCAGGCUCCCCUGCCUCCACCGGUUCAUCAGGCUCUCAUGCCUUCACUGGAUCGCCAGGCUCCCCUGCCUCCACCGGUUCAUCAGGCUCUCAUGCCUUCACUGGAUCGCCAGGCUCCCCUGCCUCCACCGGUUCAUCAGGCUCUCAUGCCUCAGUCGGAUCGCCAGGUUCCACUGCCUCAGACGGUCUGUCAGGUUCUGCGCAUCAGCAGGGGUGA